UCAAUAUCAUAAUAUUCAAAGAAACCACGUGCCGGGCGUCCGGUAGCGCCUAGCAGCAUGCACACAAUUACCAGCAAGAACCUCAACAGCGAGGAGAUCGCCGAGGUGCACAAAUGGCUACAGCAGAACGAAAUAAAUACAAAUCGUUUGCGUCGCGAAUUCUCUGACGUAUUGCCGCUGGCGGAGAUGAUGAAACGCGAUCAUCCGCGUCUAGUGGAUCUCAAUAAUUUUCCAAAACGCAGCAGCGUUCAGCUAAAGGUGGCCAACUGGGAGACGUUCAACUACAAGGUGCUGACCAAAUUCAAUUUGACAUUGAGUCGCGAUUUCAUUGAGCUACUCUCAACUGGAGCACACGGCGCCGCCGAGGUGCUGCUGCACGAGAUAAUGCGCCUAAAGAAGCGCCAGCGUGUCGUUGAGACACGCAAUGCGAUAUUGGCGCAGGAGCAAAUUUGGGAGGAGAACGAUGAGGUGAAAACGGUGGUGGUCAAUAAACAGGUGGGCGAUGGCAUUGUACAGGUGCCGCAAAAGAUGAUACUCUAUUCGCUGUACGAGAAAAUGGCGCGCGACAAUCUGGCCAAGGAGGCGAUCAUUGAGUCGACACAGAAGCGUCUGGCCCACAUGGAGAACAUCAUCAAGGUGAAGACCGAACGCAUCGACGAGCUGCUCAUGCAGAUGGGCAAGGCCCCCCCCAACAAGCUAUGCAGCAGUCCACGUCUGCAGUGCUCCAGCGCCACACGGGUCCCGUCCACAUCUCUGAUCAGCUACGAGGCACUCGGCGCCAUACGCAAGCGGCAUCCCAAUACGCCCGCCUCAUCCGACUAGAGCUCUAAUCACGCGCCCUUCGGCUGUUUUCAGUUAAUUAUUACACACACACACACACACACACACACACACACACACACAGACGUCUCAUAUAUAUAUACAUAUAUAUAUUUAUUAUUGGCGUAAAGCGAACCGUGGUAAGCGCAAGUUCGCAGAGAAUUCCUUGCCCACAUUUCCUUUGAAUUGUAUUUCACAAUUAUUUUCAAAUUCAAUUCCACGUCUCGGAACACUUCACUCUCCACUCUCCCUCUCUCUCUCUUGUUCUUUUUUUCCAGGGUAUCAGAUUUCAAAUUUUGAGCGAGCUAACCAAAAUUUUAACAAAACAUUUUCAAAAAUUGUAGUCGAUAACGUAAAUGUGUUCUGUGCUCUACAAGUAAAACAUUGCGUGACAGCAAAUCCGUUUUUUUCCCCGAG